AUGUAUCUCCGCGCAAUCCACGCCGAGCCCUCCAUACGCGCGCUCUUCGACUUCAUCAAAGAGAACCCCCUCGGCAUCCUCACCACAGCCAUAGCCUCCUCGUCACACCCGUUCAUCCAAUCCAGCCAUAUCCCAUGGGUCCUCGACGAGAUCAGCGAGGACCCAGACGCGCAAAUCAAAGGCCGACUCCGAGGGCACAUGGCCCGCCAGAACCCGCAAUCAAAGGUCCUGGCCGAGGCUGCCAAUGCCAAUGCCAAUGCCAACAGUAGCAUAUCCUCCACGGGAGCAGCCGCGCAACUCCAACAAGACGUGAUGGUUUUGUUUACCGGCCCGCACCACCACUACGUCACGCCGAAAUUCUACACCGAAACCAAGCCCAGCACCGGCAAAGUCGUGCCGACCUGGAACUACGCCGCCGCCCAGGUCUACGGUAAAGCGACCAUCUACUAUGAUGCUGCGGCCCCGGAAACUUCAGACUAUCUCUCGCGCCAGAUCCAUGAUCUGUCGAUGCUGUGCGAGACCUCUGUUAUGGGACAUACGGGGCAGGAAGAGAGGCCGAAGCCGUGGAUGGUGGCCGAUGCGCCGGAGCGGUAUAUUGAGGUUAUGAAGAAGAAUAUUAUUGGGAUUGAGGUGGUAAUUGAGAGUAUCGGUGGGAAAUUCAAAAUGAGUCAGGAAAUGGGGGCCGGGGAUCGUCAGGGCGUUGUCGAGGGGUUUGGCGGUUUGGGGUCCGAUGUUGGGGAUCAUCUGGCGGGUUUGGUGAAAGAGCGUGGGAAGAUGAAGGAUGAUGCUAAGCAGAAAUCAUGA